AUGGCGGGCGAGUCGUUGCGGUGCUUGCGCUUCUUCUUCUUGCGCUCGGGCUUGUCGUCGCGACUGGCGCUCUGGGCGUCUGGUGCGGUGGUCGAAUCCGAGUGCUCGUCGAGGCGCGCGUCCCAGAGCGAACGCUUGGUGGAGGAGGACGCGGGCGGGUCGGGGGCCGACUACGAGGAGGACGUCCUCGAGCCCACCCCGGCCGCUGCCCCGGCCGCCGCUGCCGAUGGCGAGGCUGCCCCGGCCCAGGUCGACUCCAAGGACCAGAAGGGCUCGUACGUCGGCGUCCACUCGACCGGCUUCCGCGACUUCCUCCUCAAGCCCGAGCUUCUUCGCGCCAUCUCGGACCUUGGCUUCGAGCACCCGUCCGAGGUCCAGCAGGAGUGCAUCCCGCAGGCCAUCCUCGGCAUGGACGUCCUCUGCCAGGCAAAGUCGGGCAUGGGCAAGACGGCCGUCUUUGUCACGGCAACGCUGCAGCAGAUCGAGCCCGUCGACGGCGAGGUGUCGGUCAUCGUCCUGUGCCACACGCGCGAGCUCGCGUACCAGAUCAAGAACGAGUACGCGCGCUUCUCCAAGUACAUGCCCGACGUGCGCACCGGCGUCUUCUACGGCGGCACGAGCGUCAAGGUCGACCAGGACCUCCUCAAGUCCAAGGACAAGUGCCCGCACAUCGUCGUCGGCACCCCCGGUCGCCUCAACGCUCUCGUGCGCGACAAGAGCCUCAAGGCCGGCAGCGUCCGCCACUUCGUCCUCGACGAGUGCGACAAGAUGCUCGACUCUGUCGACAUGCGCCGCGACGUCCAGGAGAUCUUCAAGGCGACGCCGCACCACAAGCAGGUCAUGAUGUUCUCGGCGACGCUCGCCAAGGAGAUCCGCGUCACGUGCAAGAAGUUCAUGCAGAGCCCUCUCGAGAUCUACGUCGACGACGAGAAGAAGCUCACGCUGCACGGCCUGCAACAACACUUUGUGCGCCUCGACGAGGCGGCCAAGAACCGCAAGCUCAACGACCUCCUCGACUCGCUCGAGUUCAACCAGGUCUGCAUCUUCGUCAAGUCGGUCUCGCGCGCGACCGAGCUCGACCGCCUCCUGCGGGAGUGCAACUUCCCGUCGAUCGCGAUCCACUCUGGCCUGCAGCAGGACGAGCGCAUCAAGCGGUACCAGCAGUUCAAGGCGUUCGAGAAGCGCGUCCUCCGCGUCAACAUCGUCGUCAACUACGACACGCCCGGCGACGCCGACUCGUACCUGCACCGCGUCGGUCGUGCCGGUCGCUUCGGUACCAAGGGUCUCGCCAUCACGUUCGUCGCCAACGACGAGAACGAGGAGGUGCUCAAGAGCAUCCAGAGCCGGUUCGAGGUCGCCAUCACCGAGUUGCCCGAGACGAUCGAGCCGUCGACCUACAUGAACGCCUAA